UGUGUAGCGCACGUGACGUCUGUUGCAAAUCUACAAAUCAUAUUUCCCGGAAGUUGUUGGAGUAAAUGAUAUUCAGCUCAGAUAUGUGUUAGUCGGACCAACCAGCGUUUGUUUUUCCCGUCACGUGUUCUAUAGAAGGGACGUGUGGACGGGUUCAUCAUGGCGCCGCUCAUCAAAACACGACAGACAGAGAAAACAAUCGACGGGAUCUCGACUCAAGUCGUUUGCACAGAGUUCAGUAACUACAUCUUCAUCGUGCUUACGCAGUACGGGAAGAUCGGGACGCUGGUCUCCGUAUCACCUGACUCGAGAUCCAGCGACAUCAGCACAACCAUGCUCACUACCAAAGUGCUGCUCGGAAAAGACGAGGCUCUUACACACGUCUAUGCAAAAAACGUCGCAGCAUUUGUUUGCCAAGAAGCAGGAAAUCGUCCGGUUCUUUUGGGACUCGCUCUUAAAGACUGCAGUGCUGAAAAUCUGAAAACGCUCAAAGAAAUGAUCAAAAGCUGCCAAGUUUGGUGACCAAGUGCCACAAAGUGAUUACUGUUGUGAAUGUAUUUUUUUUUAUUACCUUCUGUAUUUAUGUAGGUUUGUGAUUUCUAUGUCAAUCCUUUGAUUAUUGCUUAAAUAAAUUAGUUUUUCUUUCAAUCCCCA